UCAACUAUCCACCAACACCACACCACCUGUAGUUCUCACACUGCUCGACAUCAUUUAGAGGAAAGAAGAUGAAGUGUACCACCGUCUUUCUGGUGCUGUCGAUGGUGGUCCUCAUGGCUGAACCUGGGGACGCUUUCUUUAGCCAGCUUUACAGGGGGAUUGUUAGCGUUGGCAAGCAUAUCCAUGGACUCCUCAGCGGGGAAACCCCUAGGGAGCAGGAAGUGAUGAAGGAAGCGAUGAGGGAAGCGAUGAAGGUGCAGGAAGCGAUGGACCAACAAGCUUUUGACCGAGAGCGAGCGUUUGCCUGAGUCUACGAUGUUGGAGCAAAUAAAAUGCUUUCAUCUUCAAAAUAAAGAAAAUAAAAUCGACUCAUUAUGCUAACUAUUGCAUAAUACUGUUAUUAUUGAUUUAAAUGUCAUUUGGAAUAAAUAUUCUUUGUUAAACAGCAA